AUGACUCGCAUUGUGCGCACCCUGGCCGUGCUGGCCCUUUGGCACGGAUGCCUGGCCUUCAUUUACGUCGACCCCAACCCCAGGCCGAUCAUCUACCCCCCGGGCUACGACCGUUUAGCAGUUGAAAUGGCAAUUUCGCGACGGUCUCCGGACGGGCCGCUCGUCUGGACGCUGAGUGGGCUGCGCGAGGGCGACAUCAUGGACGACUAUUCCAACGCCAGGAACGUCAUCAGGGACACGAAUAAGCUGUGGAUCAACAACACCGUUCCUUUUGCUUUUGCGCCUGGUUAUAGUAACGAACAGAUGGUUGAGAUCAUUAAGGGCAUGAAGCUGAUCAUGAAGGGCUCGUGCAUCAAGUUUCGAUCGGUGAAGAUCGGCGUGGACAAAGACUACAUCUACAUCCAGCCUUUGUCCGGGUGCUGGUCGCUGGUGGGCCGGCAGGGCACCGGCGCCCAGACCGUCAGCCUGAUGCCGCCGACGAACGGCUCGACGUGCGUCUACUACGGCGUCGCGGCGCACGAGUUCCUGCACGCGCUCGGCUUCGAGCACAUGCACGACAACUUCAACCGCGACGACUACGUCACGGUCAACUUCACCAACGUCCAGCCCAAGUACUACCACGACUUCGACAAGAUUUCCAAGAAGGACUACACGGACUUUGGCAUCCCUUAUGACUACGACAGCGUCAUGCACUAUGACAGGUACGCCUUCUCCGUCGAUCCUGACGAUGCCACCAAGACCACCAUCAUUCCAAAGGAUCCAAAUGCAGUUAUUGGCCAAAACGACCACGUGUCCAAGAGGGAUUUCAAAAAACUAAACAUACGCUAUAAUUGUACAGAUUUUCUCUGA